GGAAGGGAGGCGUCCCAUAUCAGCCGGUCUCCUGUCAGAAAGUUUGUCCCGCGCCGCGGCUCUACUUCCUGCGGGGCCGCUGAUGAACAGCCGCGGUCAGCCGUGAUUCCGCGCACAGGCGCCCGCUGUGACCGAAAGAGGGGGAGGAGGUGAAAGUUCACCAUGGCUUGACCGUAUCAGAUGACAAUGUGGAAAAGUUUGGCUGCCUCCUCAGAUUAAAUUUCUCAAACUCGGAGAAUGACAAGCGCACGGAAACACAAUGAAGUAGACGGAGAAAAUGAAGCGCUGCCUUUCGAUUAUUACGACGACGAUGACGACUUCGAUGCGUUCACUGACGGGGACGGAGACUGCAACUGCGAUGGAGGAGUUCUGGGCUUCAGUGACCCGUUCAGCAGUGAGGUGAAACCGCGGAUCCUGCUCAUGGGCCUGAGGCGCAGCGGCAAAUCUUCCAUUCAGAAAGUUGUUUUCCACAAGAUGUCACCCAAUGAGACUCUGUUCCUGGAGAGCACCAAUAAGAUUUGCCGAGAGGACGUUUCCAACAGUUCCUUUGUCAGCUUCCAGAUCUGGGACUUUCCUGGUCAGAUUGAUUUCUUCGACCCUACAUUCGACUACGAGAUGAUAUUUCGUGGCACAGGGGCUCUCAUCUUUGUCAUAGAUUCUCAGGAUGAUUAUGUGGAGGCGCUGAGUAGGCUUCACCUCACUGUGACCAGAGCCUACAAGGUCAAUCCGGACAUCAACUUUGAGGUGUUCAUUCACAAGGUGGACGGCCUGUCAGAUGACCACAAGAUUGAGAAGCAGAGGGACAUUCACAAAAGAGCCAACGAUGAUCUAGCCGAUGCUGGUUUAGAAAGAAUACACUUGAGCUUCUACUUGACGAGCAUCUAUGAUCAUUCAAUCUUUGAGGCCUUCAGUAAAGUUGUGCAGAAGCUCAUCCCACAACUUCCCACCCUUGAGAAUCUGCUCAACAUUUUCAUAUCUAACUCAGGGAUUGAAAAGGCUUUUCUCUUUGAUGUGGUCAGUAAGAUUUACAUAGCCACUGACAGCAGCCCGGUGGACAUGCAGACCUAUGAGUUGUGCUGCGAUAUGAUCGACGUGGUUAUCGACAUCUCGUGCAUCUAUGGGUUGUCUGGAGAUGGAGGAGGAACUCCAUAUGAUAAAGAAUCAAUGGCCAUAAUUCAUUUAAACAACACAACGGUCAUGUACCUAAAAGAGGUCACCAAAUUCCUGGCCUUAGUGUGUUUCCUCAGGGAAGAGAGUUUUGAGAAGAAAGGGCUUAUCGACUACAAUUUUCACUGUUUCAAGAAAGCCAUAGAGGAGGUGUUUGAUGUGCGAUUGAAAGUGCAGAGGAGCCGGAAGCUUCUGAGCCAGAGGAGGUGGAGCAGGCAGACCGUGCCAAACGGGACUCAGGUGCUUCCCCAUUGAAGAGCAUUGAACACCGUCCAGCCCGAGAUUCCAGAGGCGAAGAUUCAGUCAGACUUGCUUGUUUUCACUUACGGCUCUUCGGCGAUCCAGAAUGACUAUACAGACUGCGUUAUGCGUUAAAAAUCUUCCGCUGCUUACUUACAGUAGCUGUUUAUAUUUUGGAUUUUUUGUGAAAUACUUUUUUUAUUUCUAAGAUUUUUUACUAAAAAUUAUUUAAUUAGUUGUGAUAUCGUUUCCCACGAAAUGCAUGUACAGUAGGGCACAAUUACUCAUUGUAUACAUUGCAAAACAUUAAUUCUCUUAAAACAAAAAAGUAUUUUUUUAUUUCUCAAAAUUACAAAUGUAUUUCUUUCCUUUUCUUAUUAGUAUUAUAGAUGGCUCUUCAAUUUGAUAUAACUUUCACCAAUUUUACAGUAUCAGGACAACAUACUACUCUUCUGCAUACCAAAAUGAGUAUAAAAAAAACAUUGCAUCUCCUUUUUAAUAAUCUUAACUGUUAAAAAAUGUAACUAGCUAUUUGAGUAAUUUGGAUCACUUUAAAAACGGAAUUCGGAAAUUUUA